UAUACCUGCCUCAUGUCUCUCCCCACCCUGCCAUGGGGAAUUUGUCCCGUAUUUGGACCGUUUCUCCCUUAUUUGGGAACGGGAAAGUUGGCAACCGUAGCCGUGAGUGAUGAGUGUGGAUUCUCGUUUCUCCCCCCCCCCCCCCCCACACACACACACAGUGAGGAACCCGUAUACGAGGGACACCUUCCUGUGCGGGGCGCUGGAGAACAGCAUCAUCCUCAUGCAGUGGUACGAGCCGCUGCAGAAGUUCCUGCUCCUCAAGCAGUUCAGCCUGACCCUGCCCAACCCGCUGCGCAUCUUUGAGCUACUGGUGUUCCCGGGAGAGGAGUACCCGCAGGUGUGUCUGGGCGUGCGAGGCCCCUCACAACACACGUGCACCCUGCAGUUCCAGACCGUCAAGCUGUGCUCCUCCGGAACCCUGAUCCAUCACUCCUGCCCAGGUACACACUGGCCUUGGGGGGCGGCACGUUAG